ACAAACAUUUGAUCAUCGUUUAGUGCUAAAUUGCGUGAAUUUGCCUACCUGUACAAAAGCUAAUGAUUCCUGUAGUCUUGUUUAAACCAUGUUUGUGCGCGCCAAGAGGUACGAAAUGGAUGGCAGUAUGUCUGUGCCCGAUUCAGACAUGGAGAGCAACAACGACGGCAUCGAUCUGACAUCGAAAAAAACGCGCCAGCCGGCGGUCGGAAAAACCCUAUGCAAAUGCUUCGUAAAUACGUACCAUGAAUACUGCCAGAACUCCUCCAUACACGGGGUGCAGUAUCUGGGCGAGGAGAAGCGGCCGAUUAAGGAGCGCGUCUUUUGGCUUUCUGUGUUUGUGGUGUCCAUUUACUGCUGCGCCACGCUGAUCAACAGCGCCUACACCAAGUGGAAUGAGACUCCGGUGAUUGUUAGCUUUGCGGAAAGAUCAACGCCCGUAUGGAAUAUACCCUUUCCGGCGGUCACCAUAUGCUCGGAAACAAAGCGUGUGGUAAAAGCGAAAAGCAACAAUUCCUUUGCGAAUCUCUACAACCAGUUCUCGCAUGAUAUGCGAGCGACGCGCAUUUUCAAGCCACAAAAUAUUACCUCCAUUGAAAUGGAGGAGUUCCGCACGCUGCUCCAUGUCUGCAAUACGCACAUCAUCGAUCGUGAUAUGCCCCUAAUACCUGGAGAGGAUCUAGACUAUUUUGCGGUGCUGGAGCGCAUGCUGCCGCCCUUCGAACGGUAUUUCUUCUAUUGCCGCUGGCUAAGUCGGUUCAACGAGUGCGACAAAUACUUUCGCAUAACGCUGACAGAGGAGGGCAUCUGUUAUACGUUCAAUGGAAUGCGGCCGACCGAUAUUUAUCGUGAGGACACGUAUCAGUAUAAUCACAGCGAAGUGGAAAAUGUCACACAAUCGACCUGGAGCCUGGAGACGGGCUAUGAUCCGGCCAGCGAUGUUGAAACAUAUCCAGCUCGGGUGCUCAGCGCCGGUGCCCGUUCGGGUAUAUUUAUGACGCUGCAAAGUUUCAAGCAAGAAGUCGACUACGCCUGCCGUGGACCUGUGCAGGGUUUCAAGGUGCUGCUCCAUGCACCGGACGAUGUGCCGCAGGUGUCCAAGCAGUUUGUGCGCAUACCCAUGGGCAGGGAGGUGCUUAUUGCCGUUAAACCCAGUAUGAUAACCACAUCCGUCGGCAUCGCUGAAUAUCAUCCACAGCGGCGACAGUGCUUCCUUAGCCACGAGCGAUCGUUGCGCUUCUUCAAGGUAUACUCCGAGUCCAAUUGCCAGCUGGAGUGCCUGGCCAACUUUACGCUGACCAAAUGUGGCUGUGUCAAGUUCUCGAUGCCACGCAGCCUCGAUAUGCCGGUCUGCGGAGAGGAUAAAAUCUAUUGCUAUAAUCUGGCCGAGCGCGAACUGCUUGUGCGCGAAUUUCAUCGCGUUCGCAGCCUUAAUGUUGUCGGCGAGGCGCCGAGGGGCGUGGAAACUGCAUGCAAUUGCAUGCCCGCUUGCACAUCGCUGGUAUACAACACGGAAAUCUCACAGGCCAACUUUGAUUUGGAGGAAAUGCUGGCCGCCGAAGGCGACACGGAGUUUAUGCGCGACUAUCCCGGCUCUCAGAUGUCCAGGCUCUCAAUUUACUUUAAGCAGAGCCAGUUUAUCACCUCAAAACGAUCCGAGAUGUAUGGCGUGACUGAUUUUUUGGCCAACUGCGGCGGUAUCUUUGGUCUUUUUAUGGGCUUCUCAAUACUUAGCAUGGUGGAGUUGUUGUACCAUUUUACUUUGCGUUUCGGAGUCAAUCUGAAACAUUUGUUCAAGAUGGAUUUAUAGAUCUCGGUAGGCAAGGUCAAAUUUUGUGCUGUUCAUCCGCAACUCGCAUGUUGCGCAUGCAAAACAGAUCAAAAUUCCUAUAAUAAG